AUAACAUUGUAAAGUAAACAGAGAUGAACAUUUUAACAAGAGGAUGCUGAGUUGGCAUGAGGAUAGUUAAAGAUAGCUCAACAGGGACGCCUAACUGCACCAUUAUUUGAGUUCGUUCGUAAACCACUUUAAUACAACAUGAACAUAGGAGAGGGUCUUUGGUUCAUGCUUGGAGCACCCCUACUCCUACCACUUGUGAAUGGAUAACAACUUUACAUUUGAGGAAAUGAAGGCAGUCGAGUGAACUGGUGCAAUAUCUAGACUAUCUUAAGCCUUGAGCUAGGCUUGUUUGGUCCGACACAUCAUGAAGAGUGAACGUCAGGAAGAGGAGCGUAGACUUGAGGUACGAGUAGCUGAUGACCGUGAUUUUGAGCGAUUAAAGCAGCUUUGUGACUGUCAUGAUGGCUGGAGUCUGGCUUAUGAUCAUCCACCUACCAAAGUCUACACCAGACCUACCAAAAAUUCCACAUUUCAAAUGAUCAAGGUGUGCACAGUGUACAGUGAUAUAGAUGCCAAUGUGUUGUAUGAUGUUCUACAUGAUCCUCACUACCGACAAAUAUGGGACAAACACAUGAUUCAUUCUGUCGAUGUUGGCUACCUCAACCCCAAUAAUGAUGUCUCCUACUAUGCAAUAUCCUGUCCAACGCCUUUAAAGAACCGGGACUUUGUUCUCCAGCGGUCAUGGCUAGAUACAGGCAGAGAGUUAUAUGUUCUCAACCACUCUGUGUUCCAUCACAAGUAUCCUCCAAAGAAGGGUUUUGUACGGGGCCUCUCCCACCUCACUGGCUACCUGAUUCGCCCACUACCUUCUGGUGGGUGUACCUUCAGCUACGUAUCUCACUGCGAUCCCAGAGGAAAACUACCACCUUGGCUUGUCAACAAACUAACACAUGUGCUUGCUCCUAAGAUGGUGAAGACAUUACUUAAGGCAAGUAGACAGUACCUAACUUGGAAGGCCCACAACAAUCCAAACUACAAGCCAUGGAUAUAUCCAGAGCAGAUUAACUUACCCAGAAUAGCCUUUAACCAGUGCACCAAGAGUCCGGCUGAUGACAUAGUAGACAUUGUCGAUGAGUCUCAAGUGGACGAGAAAUCUUUAGCCCACCUCAGCAAUGAUGACUUCUAAAGGACAAAGAAUUCAUUCUCUGGGUUCACAUUGUGAUAUUAUAGGAAAUAUUGAUCUUAUACCAGCAGUAAUAGUGCAACUUUGAUGUUAAGAAUGAAUAUACAGUAUAGUACCUGUAUACAAGUAAUGUACUAUAUCAUAAGGCAAAAGAUAUCAGCUACAGAUAUAUGAUAUAAAUCUUAUAUUAUUACUUGAUAUCAUCUCAGAGAACAAUCUUGUUAAAGAAUCUUGCAUGAGUUUUUGUGUUAUUUCUCUCGUUUUAAUGUUAACUACUGUACAUUUCUCAUUAACUGUAGAAUGGAAAAAAAUAUGAAUGUCAAAUAAAGUACAGACUGCAAUUUUGAAUGUACUGAAUUGUAGGUAAAUAACAUACAGUAUAUAUAUAU